AUGUACUUGGAGAACAAAAACAACACGGAGCUGGAGAUGUCUCUGGCGUCGGCCCAAGGCCAUCAGGGCAGGAGCGGCCUGAGGUCGCCGGAGGCCGUGGCGGGAAACUUCGGGGAGCUGCGUCUCCUGCGGGACAUCUCGGAGAGGAGGGAUGCCCAGAAGCAGUCUGCGGUCCUGCCCUCGGGGCAGUGUGUCAUCCACACGGAGGGCUUUGUCCCCGUUGGACAGGAGGCCGGGCACAAUUUCAGCUUGGUCAAUAUUCUGAGAGGAAAAAGAAAUUCAGCAAACCUGACGGAGCGGUCGCCGCUGCUCAGACUGUCUCAGGAUGACAGUAUGACCUACAUGACCUUACACGACCCCGGCUUUGUUGGAGAGGAAGAGCCCUGGGACAACGGCUCUCCGGAUCUGGAGAGGAGGUUCCGGCUGGGCAGCGAGGUCACCAGUCUGUCCAUCUCCCGCUCCAGCUCCUCGGAGAAGAGCGACCCGCUGGAGAACCUCAACCUCAGCUUCAGGCUCAGCAGCAGCAUGAAAUGCUGCUUCAAAAUGUCCAAAAUUGCCACAAUGUUCACUCUCGUGGUUCUCUGCAGCCUGUUCUUCAGCAUGUAUCCCGACCGAGACAACCCCUGGAGGAUGCUGGCUGUGUCCUCCACAGAGAGUUUCUCAAUGAACGUGACAGAUUUCCGAGACAACGCUCUGCUGAAGCUGCAGGUGGCGGGGGCCUUCACAGGAGGCAUGGUGGACAUCACCAACCAGGAAUACAUCCUGAUCCAGGUGGAGCAGACGGAGCAGGCGGGACAGCGGCGGAGGAGGUCUCAGCAGGUGAUCUAUAACUGGACUAUUCCUCUGCAUCGGGAACAGAGUGACCAGAUAGUGCUGACCAAAACCUUUGAGAUGCUCAGCAGCGACCCCAUCGUCAUCACAGUGCAGGCCUUCCUGCCGGAUAAUGAGGUGGUGCCGCUGUCCAUGACCCACCAGUCGCUCUACGUCAAUGUGGAGACGCAGGUGGGCAUCGCCGGGAUCAUCCUGACGGGAGUCUACGUCCUCAUCAUCUUCGAGAUUGUGCACCGAACUCUGGCGGCCAUGUUGGGCUCUUUGGCUGCGUUAGCGGCUCUCGCUGUCAUCGGUGACCGGCCCAGUCUGGUGACCGUGGUGGAGUGGAUCGACUACGAGACGCUGGCUCUUCUCUUUGGCAUGAUGGUGCUGGUGGCCAUCUUUUCAGACACGGGCUUCUUUGAUUACUGUGCUGUGAAGGCUUACCAGUUAUCCAGAGGAAGAGUUUGGCCGAUGAUCAUCAUCCUCUGUCUCAUCGCCGCCAUUCUCUCUGCUUUUCUGGACAACGUGACCACGAUGAUGCUUUUCACUCCCGUCACCAUCAGGUUGUGUGAGGUGCUUAAUCUGGACCCCAGACAUGUCCUGAUUGCAGAAGUAAUCUUCACCAACAUUGGAGGCGCGGCCACAGCUGUCGGAGAUCCACCCAAUGUGAUAAUCGUAUCAAAUCAGCAGCUGCGCAAAGAAGGGAUUGAUUUUGCCAGUUUCACAGGCUACAUGUUCCUUGGAAUCGUUCUCGUCCUCUUCACUUCAUUUCCUUUCCUGCGGCUGCUCUACUGGAACAAAAAGCUCUACAACAAAGAGUCCAUUGAAAUAGUGGAACUCAAGCAUGAGAUCCUGGUGUGGAGGCAGACGGCUCAGCGCAUUAACCCUGCGAGCCGCGAGGAGACGGCUGUGAAAUGCCUCCUGAUGCAAAAAGUCCUCAACCUGGAGAAUCUGCUCCGCAAGAUGAUGAAAACCUUCCAGAGACAAAUCUCUCAAGAGGACAAGAACUGGGAACAAAACAUUCAAGAGUUGCAAAAGAAGCACAGAAUAACCGACAAGGUUCUGCUGGUGAAGUGUGUGUCUGUCCUCGGCGUGGUGAUCUUCAUGUUCUUUCUCAACUCCUUCAUCCCCAGCAUCCACCUCGAGCUCGGUUGGAUUGCUAUCCUGGGUUCUCUGUGGCUGUUGGUGCUGGCUGAUAUCCAGGACUUUGAGAUCAUCUUGCACCGGGUGGAGUGGGCCACGCUGCUGUUCUUCGCCGGCCUCUUCGUUUUGAUGGAGGCUUUAGCGCAGCUGCAGCUCAUCGACUAUAUUGGGGUCCAGACAGCAAUGCUUAUAAAAGCGGUGCCAGAAGACCAGCGCCUGGCGAUAGCCAUUAUCUUGGUGAUGUGGGUGUCGGCUCUGGCUUCGUCUCUCAUCGACAACAUUCCCUUCACUGCCACCAUGAUUCCAGUUCUCAUCAACCUCAGUCAGGAUGCAGAUGUGAACCUGCCGGUGAAGCCUCUCAUCUACGCGUUGGCCAUGGGAGCCUGUCUGGGGGGAAACGGCACGCUGAUCGGAGCGUCAGCUAAUGUUGUGUGUGCAGGAAUCGCCGAACAACACGGCUACGGCUUCUCCUUCAUUGAGUUCUUCAAGUUAGGCUUCCCCAUGAUGAUCAUCACCUGUAUAGUCGGCAUGUGCUACCUGCUGGCUACACACAUCGGCCUGGGCUGGAACAUGUAACCUCCAACUGCUGCACAGAGCCAAAGAGACUGUGUGUGUGUGUGUGUGUUUGUCUGUGUGUGUGUGUGUGUGUGUGUGUGUGUGUGUUUGUAUGUGUGUGUGUGUGUGUGUGUGUGUUUGUCUGUGUGUGUGUGUGUGUGU